AUGUGCAAUUUCACAAUCCAUACCCUUCUCCUACUCCUCCUUACCCAGCUCGACCCCACGGAUGCUGCUCCUGUCUCUCUGCGCAAGCGUAAAGGCGGAGGCGGCGGUGGAGGCGGUGGAGCUGCUGGAGGCGGUGGAGGCCGAAGCAGCGGCGGUAGCGGCGGUGGAGGCGGCUAUGGAAGCAGCGAAGGAAUGACCUGGAAGAUCAUCGUCAUCGUUGUUAGCAUUGUCGUCCUCCUACUCUUCCUAUGGUGGUUCCUACCCAGAUAUGUGUUCCCGAGAUAUGGGUGGUGGCAGGAACGGAUGGCGAGGAAGGCGGUAGAGAAGGAAAAGAAAAAGAGCAUAACCGAAUCCGGUGCGUCACAGAUAUAG